AUGGCUCUCCACAAUCCCAACAACUGGCACUGGGUUAAUAAGGAUGUUGCCCCUUGGACCAAGACCUAUCUCCAGGAUAGCCUGUCCAAGAUCUCCGCCGAAGAAGAUGGCGUUUCUGCCAAGGUUGAGAAAGUGCUCAGUAUGGAUGGCGACGUAGAUGUCAGCCAGCGUAAAGGAAAGGUUAUUACUCUUUAUGAUGUGAAAUUGCAGCUAGAAUACGAAGGUUCAUCAUUCCCCUCACUCAAGCGAGUUUUCUCUUUUUGUAAAACUAAGGAUGAGGAGACCGUCACCGGCACCAUCACCAUUCCCGAAGUCGCUCAUGAUACCGAAGAGGAUGAGUUUGUCUUCGAAAUCAGCGUCUACUCGGAGUCGUCGUCAAAGCAGCCUGUAAAGGAUCUUGUUCGGUCCAAGAUUCUUCCUCAAUUACGCGUGGAACUCGCCAAACUUCCCAAGGUUCUCGUCACGGAACACGGAAAGGAUAUCCAGCACGCUCCCGGCUCAAACCCUUCCAGCGGAUUUGCGACACCUGCUUAUCACCCACACAAAUCACCCAGCCCAGCAGCUGGUACGCCCAAGACAACCACCACAUCCACUGGCAAGGUUUCUGUUAACACGACGACUGUGACUGCGUCGGAUGAAUUCCGCACAACCGCGGAAGAAUUGUACACUACGUUCACCGAUCCCCAACGCAUCGCAGCGUUCACUCGCGGGCCACCCCGCCAGUUCGAAGGUGCCAACGUUGGCGGCAAAUUCGCCAUCUUUGACGGCAACGUGACCGGCGAGUACGUUACGCUCGAACCCUCGAAGCGAGUUGUCCAGAAAUGGCGCUUGGCUCAAUGGCCGGAAGGUCACUUCAGUACACAGGAAAUCGUCUUCGAUCAGAACGAUGUGGAUAGUGUGACUGUGAUGCGGGUUACCUGGACCGGUGUCCCUGUUGGACAAGAAGAGGUUGUGCAGCGUAACUGGGACGGAUAUUAUGUUCGCAGUAUUAAGCAGACCUUCGGGUACAGUCCCCCGUCUUCCUUCGCUACCAUCACCACUGUCCCCCGAGAUGCCCCUCCCCCUUCUUUUUCUACCUCAUCGUCCUCUUCAAAUCAGUUUUCUUUGGUGACACGAUUGCUGAUGUUCUUCUUUGUUCUUCUUCUUGGCGUAGGUUUGGCACGAUACUCUGAGAUCCUGAAGUUCUUCCAGUCCUAG